AAAAGCUAAGGUAUAAAUGCUUUUACAAUAAUGAGAGAUUUGGUACGAAUUCGUGAUUUUUAUUUAUUUGAAUAUAAUUACAUUUUGUGUGUUGAUUACAAAAUAUGGAAACAAUGGUUUAAUCGACAGCCAAUCUUCAUUUCUUCUCUUUGAAGCCCGCGAAAUGAAUCAAUAAUCUCUCUCUGUCACACACACCAACACACGCCGAGAUACGAAAUUUCUCAUUCCAAUCGGCCAAUAGGUGGUAAUGGGCCAAUCACAGAGUGCUGCAGCUGCUGAGGAUCAAAGAAGCCCAACCACAGCUUCCCCAUCAACAGAGAAUUCAGCACAGCCUUCACUCGGUUCUUUAAUUGCUGAAGCUGCUGCAUACGGUGACGAGGACAGCAGCCAAUCUCUCGAAGCUAAAGCACAAAAAGCAUUAGAGUGCCCUUGCAUUGCUCACCUGCGAAGUGGGCCAUGUGGUGGCCAAUUUUCCGAUGCUUUCGUUUGUUUUCUCAAGAGCACAGCUGAAGAGAAAGGGUCCGACUGCGUGCAUCCUUUCGUAGCUCUACAGAACUGCAUAAAAGCAAACCCUGAUGCGUUUUCUAAAGACGUUUUGGAGGAUGGGGAAGAGGUCGAGAAAGAGGAAAAACCAACCCCCAAGUACAGAGUCCGGCCCCCCCUUUGGUCCGGAAAGUCGAAAACUCCAACUCAAUAACUUUAGGGAAAAUGAAUAGGUGAGUUUUUCCCUCCAUCUUUAGCACUAAAAAUAAGUUGUUUUAGGCAAGCAAGAUAUUCUUGAGACCCUUUGUUAUGCAGCAAAUCAAGGUUAGGGACACUGCCAAUAUAUCUAAUUCAUGAGGUCUUUUGUAGGACAAGUGCAAUUAUCUUAGUUUGUUUUAUUUGAAUAUUUCUUGAAGUUUCUAAUAUUAUACGUACUUUAGUUUGAUUUA